AAAAGAUUUUUUUUUAAAAAAAGAAGAGAAAGAAACAAAAUUCGAAGAGCUCGAUCUUGGAUUUGGAAUCGAAUUCGUGGUGAUUUCUAGGGUUUGGAUCUCUCGUUUGGCUCGUUUUGGUGGUGUAUUUCCUUGGAUUAUGUGAUGUUUUUGAUGGUUGGGUGAUGGGAUUGAUCCGGAGCUCGCGGUGGAUGGAAUCUAGGGCUUGAAUGAAGCUUUCUCCGGGUUCGUUUUGAUUUUGGAGCUCCAAGAAUUAAUAAUUCUCAUUCCUUUGGUUGACUCAAGUAAUUUGAUAAGGGAAGGAUGGGAAUGAGAACUCGUCAAAAUGCCACUGAUUCACCAAAAGCGGAGGUGGGUGAGAUUGACACAAGGGCUCCUUUUGAAUCUGUGAAGGCUGCUGUGAGCUUAUUUGGUGAAGUAGCAUUUUCCACAGAUAAGUUAGCUGCAAAGAAGGCAAAAACCCCUCCAACUGAGAGAACAUUAGCAAAGGAGACAGAACUUCAUUUAGCACAAAAGGAGCUAAAUAAGCUCAAGGAACAACUAAGUACUGCAGAAACAACAAAGUCUCAAGCGCUUGUUGAGUUGGAUAUUGCUAAAAGAACAGUAGAUGAGCUAACCCAAAAGCUGAAUAUCAUCAAUGAAUCCAAAGAGUCUGCAUUGAAAUCAACAGAAGAGGCAAAGAAUCAAACCAAGCAACUUGAAUUAGUGAGCUCUGGUGAACGCACUGGCCAGGAUGGUUCCUGGAAACAAGAAUUGAACAGUUCAAGGGAACAGUAUGCUGUGGCCAAUGCAGAGCUUGAUGCUGCAAAGCAGGAGCUUAGACUAAUGAGAAAGGACUUUGAUAUGUCUAUUGAUGCAAAAAUGUUUGCCUUAAAUCAAGAAACUGAAGCCAAGCAUUUGAUUGAAGCUAACAAAGAGAAGGUAGCUCAGUUUUCUAAGGAAAUUGCAGACGCGCAAGAAUCUCUCGUGCAUGUUAAACUUGCUACUGAACAAGCCCAACAAGAGGAAUUUAAGAUUAUUUCAGAGAAAGAUUCUAGCCGGCAGUCUCAAAAGCAAUCACUUGAAGAAACACUGCAGAAAUUGACAUCUCUGAAGAAAGAGUUUGAUCCUGAACUCUAUAACCGGCUUGAAGCAAAGCUAACGGAAACCACUGCUGAGAUUGAAGGUGUUCAGAAAGAGUUAGAGUCUGGCAAGGCUUCAGAUUUGGAGCACAUCUCAGAUGUGACCAUGGAGCUUGAUGGUGCUAAGGAGAUGUUGCAGAAAAUAGCAGAAGAAGAGAGUUCCCUUCAGAACUUGGUGGAUUCUCUGAAGCUGGAAUUGGAAGCUGUACAGAAGGAUCAUUCUGAGCUGAAACAGAAAGAUGCUGAAGUUGAAUCUAUUAUUGGGAGCCUUCAUGUUAAGCUUCGAAAAUGCAAAGCUGAGCUUGAGGCAGCCAUGGCUACUGAAUCUAAAACAACAUUGGCAUCAGAUGAGUUGGUAUCAGCUCUGCAACAGCUAUCCAUUGAAUCUGAAAAUGCCCAACGAGAAGGAGAAGCAAUGUUGAAGAAUGCUGAAGAGCUAAGAAAUGAAGCAGAUGCAGCCCAUAUUGCACUAGAGGAUACCGAGAGGAAGCUACAGUUAGCUUUGAAGGAAGCAGAAGAGGCGAAAGCAGCAGAGGUUAAAGCACUCGAUCAAAUUAAGGUUCUCUCAGAGAGAACAAAUGCAGCUAGAGCAUCAACUUCUGAUUCUGGUGCCAAUAUCACAAUAUCUGCAGAGGAAUAUGAAUCUUUAAGCCGAAAGGUGGAGGAAUCUGAGAAAUUGGCUGAAAUGAAGGUGGCCGCUGCCGUGGCUCAAGUGGAGGCUGUGAGGGCUAGUGAAAAUGAGGCUGUCACACGAUUGGAGGCGAUCAGAAAGGAAACAAAAGAAGUGGAAACAGCUACAGAAGAGGCUCUUAAAAGGGCUGAAAUGUCUGAGGCUGCAAAGAAGGCUGUUGAGGGAGAGUUGAGGAGGUGGCGUGAGAAGGAACAAAAGCGCGCUGCAGAGACUGCAUCUCGGAUACUAACUGAGACCCAGAUGUCCACAGAAGCAUCACCACCAAGGCCAAGGGACAUUCCUAUCCAGGAGAAGACUGAUGAGACCCGAAAGGCCCACAAAUCUCAUGCCUCAAAGAAGAUACUUCUGCCAAGCCUGAGUGGAAUAUUUCAUAGGAAGAAGAGCCAUUCAGACGUUGGAUCACCAUCCUAUCUUCCCAAUGAGAAGCAUGGCGUAGAGGUCAAGAAAGGCAAGAAAGCAAUGUGGACAGGGAGUUCCGGAGCAAGCACAGUGCCUGAUGGUCACCAACAAUCUUUGUCAACAAUCAUAACCGAUGAGGAAAGAGGGGCGAGGAAUCCUCAGGUAAUAACAAGAGCCAAAGUUUCUUCUCUGAAUUUAAAGAAGGAUUCAUGAAAGGAAAUGAAGUUAAUGAGACCAAAGAAUCGAAAGUAAGGUCUUGGAAGUAAACAUCCAGAGGUACGAUCUUUUCUGAAUUUUUGUAUUUGUGAAAAUGGACAAAAGCUACGCGUACUCUUUUUGAUGCAUGGCAGCUAUGAUCCAUCUAGUUUUCUAAGUACAUAUGUUAGGUGUAUAAUGAAAACGUAGAUCUGGUUAAUUUUCAAGUGGAAUUGCGUUACUACCACAAAAUAUAGAACAUGCUAAUGGUGACAUUUGAAUCAUUUUCAAUGGCUACCUUUGAUCUCUUUUUCGCAA